AUCGGCUCCCCGGCCAGCACCACACACACUCCCAUGUUGAACCGCCGCACGACUACAUUGGUGUAGCAGAUUUCCACUCGUAAAAAGGAUCUGGACACUUUUACGCACCAGAAUGGCUUUGUAUUAAACAGUCGACAAUAACAGACAUCCGUUAAAAAAAUAUAUUUUUAAGUUAGAUUUACUUUUCAACUUUGUGUAGUGUUAAAAGUAACACAGAAAAAAUGUCCGGAGAGGAGCACAGCCUGUCCGAAGCGGAGCUGAGCCCCGGAGGCUCGGACGACGCUCACUCCCUCUCCCCGGCCCGCGCCGGAGCGCCGCCCGGUCGCGACUCACCUCUGAGCGGCUCCGCGCCCCAGCUGACGGCGCUCUGCGUGGCGGAGGGUGGCAGGGACGACAGGUCCGCGAUCAAGUCGGAGGAGGAGGACGAUCGCUUCCCCAUCGGCAUCCGGGAGGCGGUGAGCCAGGUCCUGGACGGCUACGACUGGACUCUGGUGCCCAUGCCGGUGCGCGUCAACAACGGGAACAAGAGCAAGCCGCACGUCAAGCGGCCCAUGAACGCCUUCAUGGUGUGGGCCCAGGCCGCCCGGAGGAAGCUGGCCGACCAGUACCCGCAUCUGCACAACGCCGAGCUCAGCAAGACCCUGGGCAAACUGUGGAGGCUGCUCAACGAGAGUGACAAGAGGCCAUUCAUCGAGGAGGCGGAGAGGCUGAGGAAGCAGCACAAGAAGGACUACCCGGAGUACAAGUACCAGCCCCGGAGACGCAAAAACGGCAAACUCACGCCCGCUAAUGAGUCGGACAGCCCGGGGGAAGAAGGGGCCAGCCACUCCCAGUCACACUACAAGAGCCUGCAUCUGGAGCACAACGGCGGCCCUGGCUCCCCGCUGAGCGACCUGCACCAUCAUCACCACCAUCACCACCAUCACCCGGCCAGUCAGGGUCACAGCCCCCCCACUCCCCCCACCACCCCAAAGACAGAGCUCCAGUCCGGCAAGUUGUCCGACAGCAAGAGGGAGGGGGCAGCCGGAGGAUCGGGGGGACCCAGGGGAGCCCUGGGCGAGGGGGUGUCCGGCGGCCCUUCGUCGUCUGGCUCCAAGCCCCACAUCGACUUUGGCACCAUGGACAUCGGCGAGAUCAGCCACGAGGUGAUGGCCAACAUUGAGCCUUUCGACGUCAACGAGUUCGACCAGUACUUGCCACCCAACGGGCACCCCCAGGGCGCGCCCGGAGCCCCCGCCGCGGGGUCCUCCGCCUCGUCCUACGCCUACGCCCUGGCCGCGGCCAGCGGCCACUCGGCCUGGCUCUCCAAGCAGCAGCAGACCCAGGCCUCGCCCUCGUCCUCCGACCCCUCCAAAACCCAGAUCAAAAGCGAGUCGGCGACCGGGGGCCACUACGCCGAGGCCUCGUCGUCGCCCUCCUCGGGGACCCACGUCACCUACACCCCGCUCAGCCUCCCUCACUACGGCUCGGCGUUCCCCUCGCUGGCCUCCAGAGCGCAGUUUGAGUACGGGGACCACCAGGCGCCCGGGGCGUACUACGCCCACUCCAGUCAGGCCCCCGGGCUGUAUUCCGCCUUCUCCUACAUGGGCCCUACACAGAGGCCUCUGUACACCACCAUAGGAGACCCCUCCGGCGUGGCCCCCUCCCACAGCCCCACACACUGGGAGCAGCCUGUUUACACCACACUCACAAGACCCUGAGGGGCGGGGGUGGAGCCGAGGGAAAUAUGGGAAGCGUGUUAGAGUGUGUUAAUGGCUUCGCCUGACGUGUGUGUGUGUGAGUGUGUGUGAGAGAGUGUGUGUGUGUGUGUGUCCACGCCAUGUUCUUGUACAAUUUGAGGUUUUUACUUUUUUAGCUGAUAAAAAGCAUCCUGUAGGGGCUCAGUGUGCAGCCAAUCAUUAGAAUCCUUUGAAAAGAAGGUGUGCCAUCAGGAAGGUUGGAGUGGAGAUGUACAGCAAGUGGAGAGGAGCCAAGAGGUUGUGUUGAAUCAUGUGAGACUCAAAGUCGUGGGCCAGCCAGCGUCUGUGCUCAAAGCCUUCAAGGAGGAACUUUGCAUUUCUCCAAGAAAAAAACGCCCCGUGCUUGCGUUGUUCUCGGGUGUUGCCCAGCAGGCACGAGACAUUGAAACAACGUUGAGAACUUGUUGAAUUAGGUCCCGACGUUGAGCAACUCAAACAUAACGUUGAAACAACAUGCUUUUUGACGACGUUUAAUCAAUGUCGCGUUCUGAUGUUGAUUUGACCGUUGAAAUUUGGUCGUAUCUCAACCAAUAUUCUACAACACAAAUACAACAUUGAAACAACAUGCUUUUUGACGACGUUUAUUUAAUGUCAGGUUGAUUUGACCUUUACAAUUUGGUAAUUUCCCAACCAAUAUUUUACAACACAAAUACAACGUUGAAACAACAUACUUUUUGACGACAAUUAAUCAAUGUCAGGUUGUGACAUUGAUUUGACCAUUGAAUUUUGGUCAUUUUUCCAACCAAUAUUCUAUAGCACAAAUACAAUGUUGAAACAACAUGCUUCUUGACAUUUAAUCAAUGUUGGGUUCUGACGUUUAUUUGACCAUUGAAUUUUGGUCGUAUCUCAACCAAUAUUCUACAACACAAAUACAACGUUGAAACAACAUGCUUUUUGACAUUUAAUCAAUGUUGGGUUCUGACGUUUAUUUGACCAUUGAAUUUUUGUCGUAUCUCAACCAAUAUUCUGCAACACACAUACAAGGUUAAAACAACAUUCUUUUUGAUGCAUUUAUUAAUGUCAGGUUCUGACGUUGAUUUGACCUUUGAAUUCGGGUCAUAUCUCAACCAAUAUUCUACAACACAAAUACAACGUUGAAACAACAUGCUUUUUGACAACGUUUAUUUAAUGUCAGGUUGUGACGUUGAUUUGACCGUUUAAUUUUGGUAAUUUCCCCAACUAAUAUUCUACAACACAAAUACAACGUUGAAACAACAUGCUUUUUGACAUUUAUUCAAUGUUGGGUUCUGACGUUUAUUUGACCAAUGAAUUUUGGUCAUUUCCCAUCCAAUAUUCUACAACACACAUACAAGGUUAAAACAACAUUCUUUUUGACACAUUUAUUAAUGUCAGGUUGUGACAUUGAUUUGACCUUUAAAUUCGGGUCAUAUCUCAACCAAUUUUCUACAACACAAACAUAACGUGGAAACAACAUGCUUUUUGACGACGUUUAUUCAAUGUUGAGUUCUGGCGUUAGUUUUGACCAUGGAAUUUUGGUCGUAUCUCAACUAAUAUUCUACCACACAAAUACAACGUUGAAACAACAUGCUUUUUGAUAACGUUUAAUCAAUGUUGGGUUCUGACAUAUUUGACCAUUGAAUUUUGGUCAUUUCCCAACCAAUAUUCUACAACACAAAUACAACGUUGAAACAACAUGCUUCUUGACAUUUAAUCAAUGUUGGGUUCUGAUGUUGUUUUGACCAUUGAAUUUUGGUCGUAUCUCAACCAAUAUUCUACAACACAAACAUAACGUUGAAACAACAUGCUUUUUGACAUUUAAUCAAUGUCGCGUUCUGAUGUUGAUUUGACCGUUGAAAUUUGGUCGUAUCUCAACCAAUAUUCUACAACACAAAUACAACAUUGAAACAACAUGCUUUUUGACGACGUUUAUUUAAUGUCAGGUUGAUUUGACCUUUACAAUUUGGUAAUUUCCCAACCAAUAUUUUACAACACAAAUACAACGUUGAAACAACAUACUUUUUGACGACAAUUAAUCAAUGUCAGGUUGUGACAUUGAUUUGACCAUUGAAUUUUGGUCAUUUUUCCAACCAAUAUUCUAUAGCACAAAUACAAUGUUGAAACAACAUGCUUCUUGACAUUUAAUCAAUGUUGGGUUCUGACGUUUAUUUGACCAUUGAAUUUUGGUCGUAUCUCAACCAAUAUUCUACAACACAAAUACAACGUUGAAACAACAUGCUUUUUGACAUUUAAUCAAUGUUGGGUUCUGACGUUUAUUUGACCAUUGAAUUUUUGUCGUAUCUCAACCAAUAUUCUGCAACACACAUACAAGGUUAAAACAACAUUCUUUUUGAUGCAUUUAUUAAUGUCAGGUUCUGACGUUGAUUUGACCUUUGAAUUCGGGUCAUAUCUCAACCAAUAUUCUACAACACAAAUACAACGUUGAAACAACAUGCUUUUUGACAACGUUUAUUUAAUGUCAGGUUGUGACGUUGAUUUGACCGUUUAAUUUUGGUAAUUUCCCCAACUAAUAUUCUACAACACAAAUACAACGUUGAAACAACAUGCUUUUUGACAUUUAUUCAAUGUUGGGUUCUGACGUUUAUUUGACCAAUGAAUUUUGGUCAUUUCCCAUCCAAUAUUCUACAACACACAUACAAGGUUAAAACAACAUUCUUUUUGACACAUUUAUUAAUGUCAGGUUGUGACAUUGAUUUGACCUUUAAAUUCGGGUCAUAUCUCAACCAAUUUUCUACAACACAAACAUAACGUGGAAACAACAUGCUUUUUGACGACGUUUAUUCAAUGUUGAGUUCUGGCGUUAGUUUUGACCAUGGAAUUUUGGUCGUAUCUCAACUAAUAUUCUACCACACAAAUACAACGUUGAAACAACAUGCUUUUUGAUAACGUUUAAUCAAUGUUGGGUUCUGACAUAUUUGACCAUUGAAUUUUGGUCAUUUCCCAACCAAUAUUCUACAACACAAAUACAACGUUGAAACAACAUGCUUCUUGACAUUUAAUCAAUGUUGGGUUCUGAUGUUGUUUUGACCAUUGAAUUUUGGUCGUAUCUCAACCAAUAUUCUACAACACAAACAUAACGUUGAAACAACAUGCUUUUUGACAUUUAAUCAAUGUCGCGUUCUGACGUUGAUUUGACCAUUGAAUAUUUUGGUCAUUUCCCAACCAAUAUUCUACAACACAAAUACAACGUUGAAACAACAUGCUUUUUGACAUCGUUUAUUUAAUGUCAGGCUGUGACGUUGAUUUGACCGUUUAAUUUUGGUCAUUUGCCAACCAAUAUUUUACAACACAAACAUAACGUUGAAACAACAUACUUUUUGACAACAUUUAAUCAAUGUCAGGUUGUGACAUUGAUUUGACCAUUGAAUUUUGGUCAUUUUUCCAACCAAUAUUCUACAACAUAAAUACAACGUUGAAACAACAUGCUUCUUGACAUUUAUUCAAUGUUGGGUUCUGACGUUAAUUUGACCAUUGAAUUUUGGUCGUAUCUCAACCAAUAUUCUACAACACAAAUACAACGUUGAAACAACAUGCUUUUUGACGUUUAUUCAAUGUCAGGUUGUGACGUUGUUUUUAUCGUUGAAUAUUGGUCAUAUCUCAACCAAUAUUCUACAACACAAAUACAACGUUUAAACAACAUGCUUUUUGACAACGUUUAUUCAAUGUCAGGUUGUGACGUUUAUUUGACCAUUGUAUUUUGGUCGUGUCUCAACCAAUAUUCUACAACACAAACAUAACGUUGAAACGACAUGCUUCUUGACAUUGAAUCAAUGUUGUGUUCUGACGUUUAUUUGACCAUUGAAUUUUGGUCGUAUCUCAACCAAUAUUCUACAACACAAAUAGAAUAUUGAAACAACAUGCUUUUUGACAACGUUUAAUCAAUGUUGCGUUCUGACGUUGUUUGGACCAUUGAAUUUUGGUCGUAUCUCAACCAAUAUUCUAGAACACAAAUACAACGUUGAAACAACAUGCUUCUUGACAUUUAAUCAAUUUUGGGUUCUGACGUUUAUUUGACCAUUGAAUUUUGGUCGUAUCUCAACCAAUAUUCUACAAAACAAACAUAACGUUGAAACAACAUGCUUUUUGACAUUUAAUCAAUGUCGGGUUCUGACGUUGUUUUGACCAUUGAAUUUUGGUCAUUUCCCAACCAAUAUUCUACAAUACAAAUACAACGUUGAAGCAACAUGCUUUUUGACAUUUAAUCAAUGUUGGGUUCUGAUGUUGUUUUGACCAUUGAAUUUUGGCCAUAUCUCAACCAAUAUUCUACAAUACACAUACAACGUUGAAACAACAUGCUUUUUGACGACGUUUAUUCAAUGUCAGGUUGUGACGUUGAUUUGACCGUUUAAUUUUGGUCAUUUGCCAACCAAUAUUUAACAACACAAACAUAACGUUGAAACAACAUACUUUUUGACAACAUUUAAUCAAUGUCAGGUUGUGACAUUAAUUUGACCAUUGAAUUUUGGUCAUUUUUCCAACCAAUAUUCUACAACACAAAUACAACGUUGAAACAACAUGCUUCUUGACAUUUAAUCAAUGUUGGGUUCUGACAUUUAUUUGACCAUUGAAUUUUGGUCAUAUCUCAACCAAUAUUGUACAACACAAAUACAACGUCGAAACAACAUGCUUUUUGACAACAUUUAUUCAAUGUCAGGUUGUGACGUUAUUUUUACCGUUGAAUAUUGGUCAUAUCUCAACCAAUAUUCUACAACACAAAUACAACGUUGAAACAACAUGCUUUUUGACAUUUAUUCAAUGUUGGGUUGUGACGUUUAUUUGACCAUUGAAUUCUGGUCGUAUCUCAAUCGAUAUUCUAAAACACAAAUACAACGUUAAAACAACAUGCUUUUUGAUGCAUUUAUUAAUGUCAGGUUGUGACAUUGAUUUGAACUUUGAAUUCGGGUCAUAUCACAACCAAUAUUCUACAACACAAAUACAACGUUGAAACAACAUGCUUUUUAACAACGUUUAUUCAAUGUCAAGUUGUGACGUUGAUUUGACCAUUGAAUUUUGGUCAUUUCCCAAUACAUUUUUUAUUAGACAAAUACAACGUUGAAACAACAUGCUUUUUAACAACGUUUAUUCAAUGUCAGGUUGUGACGUUGGGCAACGCAAACAUAAUGUUGAAACAACAUGCUUUUUGACAACAUUUGUUCAAUGUUGGGUUGUGACAUUGAUUUGACCAUUGAAUAUUUGGGUCAUAUCACAACCAAUUUUCUACAACACAAAUAUAAGGUUGAAACAACAUGCUUUUUGACAACGUUUAUUCAAUGUCAGGUUGUGACAUUGAGCAACUCAAACAUAACAUUGAAACAACAUGCUUUUUGACAACGUUUAUUCAAUGUUGUGUUCUGACGUUGAUUGGAUGGUGGAAUUUUGGUCAUUUCCCAACCAAUUUUCUACAACACAAAUACAACAUUGAAACAACAUGCUUUUUGACAACAUUUAUUCAAUGUCAGGUUGUGACGUUGUUUUUACCGUUGAAUAUUGGUCAUAUCUCAACCAAUAUUCUGCAACACAGACACAAUGUUGAAACAACAUGCUUUUUCGAGAUGUUUUUUCAAUGCCAGGUUCUGACGUUGAUUUGACCUUUGAAUUUUGGUCGUUUCUCAAAAAAUAUUCUACAACACAAAUACAAUGUGGAAACAACAUGCUGUUUGACACAUUUAUGCAAUGUCAGGUUGUGACGUUGAUUUGACCAUUGAAAUGUGGUCAUAUCUCAACCAAUUUUGUACAACACAAAUACAACGUUGAAACAACAUGCUUUUUGACAACACGUAUUCAAUGUUGGGUUCUGGUGUUGAUUUGACCAUUGAGUUUUGGCCAUAGCUCAACCAAUAUUCUACAACACGAAUACAACGUGGAAACAACAUGCUUUUUGACGACGUUCAUUCAAUGUCAGGUUCCGACGUUGAUUUCACGGUUGAAUUUUGGUCAUAUCUCAACCAAUAUUCUGCAACAUAGAUACAACGUGGAAACAACAUGCUUUUUGGCGAUGUUUACUCAAUGUCAGGUUGUGACAUUGGGAAACGCAAACAUAACGUUGAAUCAACACACUUUUUGACAACCUUUAUUCAACGUCAGAUUGUGUGUUGAUUUGACAGUUGAAAUCCGGUCAUUUCACAACCGACAACGCGGAUCCAACGUUAGACACCGACAUUGUCUUUGUUUACAAAUACAACUAUUUCGCAACGUUGUUUCGAAGUCAUUUUCCAAGGACGUGUACGUAAAAUCAACGUCGUAUCAACGUCUCGUGCCUGCUGGGUGAAACCGUUGGAAACUCCAUGUUGGUUUUGACAGCCCGUUGAAAAGUCACAUGACUGAAUACAACCUAUAGAUGUUGUGUAGGUUCACACUGACAUCAUCCCAUUUAUUAACCAAACUAAAGGAGUCUUUUCGGAUUGUUUUGUGUUCUUUUCUAUAAGUAGUAUGCUAGAGUGUAACUUUAUUGUGACUGACCUUAUAACACACUUCCACUGCUUCGUAUUUGUCUAACUCCUCACGAUGUGUGUCUUCGUCCUCUCACCGCUUGGCUGACCUGCAGCACGUACGUACGGGAACAACAUAGGAAUACCAGAGGGAAAGAGAGCUCUUCAAAAAGAUACGACAGCUUUUUUCGCUCCGUCUCGGACACUUUUUACCUCAACUCUCACUCUCACCUUAAUUGUGCCAUUCGAAGAGAGAAAAGAAAAAAGUCCACUUUCAACGAACUGUCUUGCUUAUUUUUCUCCUUGCUUUGUAACAAUUUGCUGAGUUGUGGUAAUGAGCUAUAGUACAAAGUCUCAAUCAAAUCCCUUGAGAUAAUUGGCCAGCUUUGGGUGCGACUUAAGGAUUACUUGGAAUCACAUGUACGAUUGUUCUGCAUGGGUCCUACUUGGCCGGUCGCUCCUAUAGGGCUACUAUACUUCCUCUUGGGCAAUGUGAAUAUUACACCUUUGCUAUAUCACGCAUAUUUCAUCAUUUUAUACUGACCAUGCAGUUAUUGUUCGUGUUAAUGAUGUCACGCCUUUUCUUUCCUCCAUUUUUGUAUCAUUCCCAAAUAGUUUUGUAAAGUGUUUGCCAUACGUUGAGCAUUUUGCUUCCUUACAAGAAAAAGCAAUGUUGAAAAAUUAUUGUUGUCACCUAUUAAAUCAAUUUAUUUAUAAAAGAAUGAACCAUGCCAGACAUUUUCUUUAUUAUUUUUUGUGUAAGUAUUCGCAUCACUUUUUCCACAUUUUGUUAUGUUACAGCCUUAUUCCAUUUUUUCCCCUCGAUAUUCUACAACACAAACAUAACGUUGAAACAACAUGCUUUUUGACAACGUUUAUUCAAUGUUGGGUUUUGGCGUUGAUUCGACCAUUGAAUUGUGGUCAUAUCUCAACCAAUUCUCUACAACACAAACAUAAUGUUGAAACAACAUGCUUUUUGACGACGUUUAUUCAAUGUUGUGUUCUGACGUUGAUUUGACAUUUGAAUAUUGGUAAUUUCCCAACCAAUAUUCUUCAACACAAAUACAACGUUGAAACAACAUGCUUUUUGACGACGUUUAUUCAAUGUUGGGUUCUGACGUUGAUUUGACAUUUGAAUAUUGGUAAUUUCCCAACCAAUAUUCUUCAACACAAAUACAACGUUGAAACAACAUGCUUUUUGACAACAUUCAUUCAAUGUUGGGUUUUGACGUUGAUUUGACGGUUGAAUUUUGGUCAUAUCUCAACCAAUUUUCCACAACACAAAUACGACGUACUAACAACAUGCUUUUUGACAACGUUUAUUCAAUGUCAGGUUGUGACAUUG